UCUGGUCUUCUACAUUUCUACGUCUGAUAUACUAUCCCGGUUGUACCCAGCAGUUUAGCAAUCCAUUCAUUUGAUUGAAUCACUCAAGACAAAAGCCGGCACAUAUAUCCAUCUGUACGCGUCUCGGCAGUCCGAUCGCACAUGAAACGCAAUGGUCUGUGCGCCAAAAAUCAGUUACCGCUUAGCAUUCUCUUCCCUGCACCGAACAAAAGGCAGCAAAUAGCAAAAGGUACGAAGACAAUAAGACCUAGGAGGAAAUGAAAACGAUACAAGUCAGGCGCGAUGGAAUCCGCUGGGGAACGCUUUGAUUCUUCCUUUCAUGGAAAUCAAGAUGGAUACUGAUUGCGGUUAUGGGAAGAACCCAGAAAAAGAGUUAACACUUCUACUGACGACUGACAAUUAACUUACCAAGCCGCAACGAUCAAAGCGUACAAAACUUUUAGCUUCGGGAUAGGUAUACGAAAAAACAUCGACCUUAUUUGACUUGAUCUCUUGAAGAGGAAUCGGCAAGCGAACUGUACAUACGCACUUUUGGACUCUCUCACAUUGUGGAAUAGCUUUCGACACCCAUAAUCAUCGGCACUUAGUCUAUUACACAUUCGCGUAUCCGACAUCGUAACCUUUCGCAUCUCCCUCACAUCGUCCGGCACUGUAGAUAUCGACUCCAUCCCGGUGCAAUUCAAUAUUAUCAGUAUCCUCUCCGAUUCAUCAAGCUUUUUAGCAUUGAGCAGAGCCUCUUUGAAAUCUCUGAUCUUGUCGGCACUACUCUUCGUAUACACUCGACUGUAUACUUGUCAAAGAUAACCCCAAGGCUCACCUCUCUGUGGAUCAUCCGCCUAUCUACUAAGAUAAUUUGUCAAGAAGGUAUUCUCGCGCCCUUCUUCUUUGACGUCUCCUUCCCUUGUGAUCACUUCGCAUCACCUUCAUCCUUUCACCUUGCGGCAUAUAUUCCUUCCUACCCUUCAAAAAAACUUCUUGCUCGGCUUUUUUUUUAACGGUUGAAAUGGCUACGCAGGGCACCGAUUACGACGGCAACGACGUUGCUUCUCGAAUGUCUAAUAUGAACAUUGCGGAAAACCAUUACGCUUCGAUUCAGCAACCCCAGCCACCCUCCCACUCCCAAAGUCCUGUAACUAGCACCUCCCCAAACGUGUCAACUCCGUUUGCACGUGGCUUAACCUAUUCGUACGCCGGCGAACAGCAAGGGUACCCUUACUAUAGCGCCUCUGCAGGCGUCGACCAAUUUGGCGGACAGAUGGGUCCUCCUGCCACGUACCCUUACGGAGCUCCUGUCCAAUUACUUUCUCCUCACUUGGCUCCUAUGAAUUUUGAUGGGUAUUCUGGAGGCGGCGAAGUUUAUGGUAACCAGCAAGACCGUAGUCAAAGUCAUCAACAACAACAAGGCGUACAGGCCAACGGUACGCCUGGGAGACAGAAUCACCGACCGCCUCAUGGGCAGACGCUACAGCAGAGUGCUCAAUACUUUGGUUACCCUGACCAAAGGCAAUAUUGGAUGUCUCAUCAAGAAAUAUUCUUGCAGCAAAUAGAAAGGAAGAAAGAGUACCAGCCUCGUUCUAGCCAAGGUCCCAUGAGCCGCAUCUCUCAAAAUUCUGGCUCCAAUUUCCGUCAAGACUUCAAUCCUACACUUCAAGGCAAUUUCCAUGGACAGGGCAACUUGUCUUUCCAUGCCGCACAAACUGGGCAAUAUGGCUUACACCCUGCCCCUCAUUUCGUUGCCCUCACCGGUUUCCCUCCUCAGUUUUCUUCUCAGUAUCUGGGUAGGCCCGCGCCAACGAGGAAAUUUGACGAUCCUGGAGUAGUUAGAAGUGCGUUGUUGGAGGAUUUCAGGUUGAACAAGCUCAAAAAAUGGGAAUUGAAUGACAUUUUCGGCCAUAUUGUCGAAUUUGCCGGCGACCAGCAUGGUUCUCGAUUUAUCCAGCAGAAGCUUGAAACCGCCACUCCUGAAGACCGUCAAAAACUCUUUGACGAGAUUUAUACCAAUGCUUACCAGCUAAUGACCGACGUUUUUGGAAACUACGUUACUCAGAAAAUGUUUGAACAUGGUGACCAGCUCCAAAAGGCUGCUCUGGCGAAGAAGAUGGACGGACGCGUCUUGCAACUCUCUAUGCAGAUGUACGGAUGCCGAGUCGUGCAAAAAGCACUUGACCAUCUUCUGAACGAGCAGAGAGCCAAGAUUGUAGCAGAACUUGAGCCACACAUUCUAGAAUGCGUAAAGUCUAGCAAUGCCAACCAUGUCGUACAGCGUAUCAUCAACACUGGUCCUCCCCAGUCUAUUCCAGAUUCCUUUAUCGGUCAUGUGGAGGAGCUUGCCAAACAUCCAUACGGUUGCCGCGUCUUGCAAAAGACAUUUGAGAACCUUGACGACAAGAUGAAGAGAUCUUUGCUGGAUGAAAUGCACAAGUGUGUGAUUCCACUCACUGAAGACCAGUUUGGAAACUACGUCAUCCAGAGUGUUAUCACUGUGGGGAAGCCCGAGGACAGGAACAAGGUUAUUAGUCAGCUCAAAGGUCGCGUCACUACUUUCGCUCGACACAAGUUCGCCUCCAAUGUCGUUGAAAAGGCCCUCAUUCACGCCGACCCUGCUGAUCGACGGGUCCUUAUCGAUGAACUCAUCGGCAUGCAGCCUGACGGGACGAACCAAGUCGGCAUGCUUCUACGCGAUGCCUACGCCAACUUCCCUCUCCAAACAGGCAUGUUCGCCGCUGACCCCGCUCAGCGCGAAGAGCUUCUCGAGAUUGUCCUUCCUCUUCUCCCUCCUCUCCGUCACACCCCAGUUGGAAAGCGCAUCGAAGGUCGUCUGGCCCAGAUGGAGAAUGAGGGUAAUAUCUCUUCGGUGAUGAUGCGUAAGACUCUCUCAUCUAGCACGGCUACCACCGAUACCAACGCCGCGUUGUCCAUGAGUCGAACUGCUAGCGGCUCAACCGUGCCCACAUCGCCUGAGUUGAGCAUCAUCCACACACCUACUGUCAAAUCCCCUAAGAAGGACGAAACUGAAGGGUGGUGAUUAAUCUCUCGUGGUACAGCAAAAGUGCAGGGUCAUCUCUUGGGUUUUGUGGGGGGUGUAGGAUCCGGCUGCUGGUGCAUCCAUGGUGAGGUAACGGCCGCGAGCGCCAAAAUGAAUCAUAUCUGUGGCCUUGUAGAGUGAAAUAAAAAAGGGCUAGGAAGCAACGAGGAUUAAUACUUUUCUUUUGAGGUCUCUUUUUGUGUAUAGCGCAGGUGACGUUGGAUGGUUGGUGGUUCAUAUGCCUGGGUGCUCUAUGGUGAAUGCAAAUCAU